AUGUACUCUAGUGGUCGGAACACAUGUACAUCGCAAAACGAUUAUUGCUUAAUAUGCCGAGAUUUCUAUGCCGUCGACGCACAUGCUGGAAAUUAUCCUCGUCAAUAUGUAACGUCGAUUCCAAUAUUGGCUUUCGAGCUUUGUAAUCCUUUCGUGGCGAAGGUGGACAAAGCUAGAGCUAUUUUCACAUGGCUUCACCAUAACAUUGCAUACGACACCAAGGCCUACUUUCAAAACAAUGUGCGACAUCAGAGUCCCAAAGAAACUCUCAAAACUGGGCUAUCAGUUUGCCAAGGGUAUGCUGAACUUUUUCAGAAUUUGGCAUGUCACGCUGGUCUGGAGGCAAUAGUGAUUAGUGGUCACGGCAAAGGUUAUGGCUAUAAAUCAAAUUCUAUCGACAACCUCAAAAAUCAUUCUUGGAACGCCGUCAAACUAGACUCUGGACAAUGGCAACUUGUUGAUCCAUGCUGGGGUGCUGGAAGUGUUGAUAAAAAUCAGAAUUUCGACAGAAAAUUUAAGGCUACCGUAUUUACAUCAUCACCGGAAACAUUUCGAAUCAAACAUUUUCCCUCCGAUCCGAAGUAUCAAUUUUGUAAGAGGGAAAUGUCAUGGGAGGAGUAUGUAAUGGUAGAAGAUGGACCUUUGAUUUACGACGAUUUCACCGACAAAGAAUUUAGUGAAGUGACCAUUGAACCGUCUUGUCGGAUUAUCAAACCAGAGCCUACCAAAUUUAUCAUUACCUCGAAAUGUCCACACACUUUUAUUCUACCGGAACAUCAGUACGUACUAUUGUUAUGCAUCGAUGAAGUUCGUACACCUUUUCAAGUCGAUUCGAAUGGAACGACCUGGAUGUGUGAGAGUAGUUCUAUAAAAGAAAAUAGCAGUGUUGCAGUUGCAGUUUUGGAAACGUUUGGAGGGAGAGAUGGUAGAGGAGUUACUGUUGAUGAAUAUUUGAAGAACAACAAGAUUAAAGGAUACUCAUGGCGGCACAUUUGUAGUUGGGACGUUAAAAAAUGA